CCAAUACAAGGUGAGGAUGUGCCAUGGGGCAUUUGUGGGGUGCUGAUGUGAAGUCGAAUCCACCCGUAUGUAGUCCCAAUGUAUAAAACAAAGCUGAGACUUCGAAACCCUUUUUUCCAUUUCCAAAGCAAUUUUCCCGCCUUUUUUUGAGGUGUUCUGCAAUCUCCGCAAAAUUUACCCGCUUUCCGCUCGAGCUGCUCUGCGUUAUACUACAGUUGAUGUGAAGGUUGGUUCUGGAAGGGGGAAAAAGACAAAGUAUUUGGGGUUUGAAUUAUUCAAGGCAUUGCUCUUGUUGCAAGCUUUUCCUACUUGGGUAAAUUUUUAGAGGUGGAAUUUAUUGGGGGUUUGCUGAUUUCUGAUGCAGAUGGAGGCUCUGUACUCUAAACUAUACGAUAAGUACACCAACAUGAAGAGAAAGAGGGAAUCUGAAAUGGAGCAGCUCAAUCACGAACAAGAAGAAAAGUUUAUGAAUUAUGUGUCGGCUGCAGAGGAAUUGAUAGAUCACUUGAGAAAAGAAAAUGAGAGGUUACGCUUGCAAUUAAGUGACUUGAAGGAUGAAGUGAAAUCUAUUAGAUUGUCCAAAGAGCGCCAAUAUGUCGAAUACCAAAAGCUUUUGAUGGAAGAGAAUAACAAAAAUAAAGAUCUGGCCGAAGAAGUUGAGAGACUUCACAACAUGCCACGAGAGCAACUCUGCUGCAUCACAGAAGGUGGAAACAAUGACAUUGCACAAAUUAGAUCUUUUCAAGAUCCUCAAGUUGGGCCAAGUGAUUUAUCUGAUCAGUCAACUAUAAAGAUGCCACAAAAGCACAGUAGGCAUGUGGGAACUCAGACAGAAGUAAGAUUUGUUCCACAUGCCAGUGUUCAAGAUGAGCAUGAUGAGGUGAGAGAAUUAGAAAGAGAUUCACACUUGUGUGAUAAUGGUGCACCUAGAAACAUUCUGCUGCCUGAAUGCUGUAGAAGAGAUGUGGCUGGUUUAGGAGGUAGUAACACUGGAGCUGCCAAUUGUCUAUUUCAAGCCCUUGUGGAGUGCUUAGUUGGCAUGAAAUUCUCUGCAAUUAUUCAAACAGAAGGAUUGUCUGUUUCAGCACUUCAUCAAUCAAGUGGUUAUUCAUUCAGUCUGACAUGGGUUAAUAAACCGGCUGGGGAGGAUGCAGAGCUAUUGUAUCGUGUUGCAUCUCUGGGAACUUUUGAGAGAGUGGCUCCAGAGUGGAUGAGGGAGGUAAUGAUGUUCAGCACAAGCAUGUGUCCCAUCUUCUUCGAGAGGGUUUCUCGGGUUAUCAAGCUGCAUCCUUGAUGCUUGUUCUCCAGUAGUCCCAUAUGCUGUUUUUAAGCCUGUAAUGCAUGUAAUGUCACUCGUUCUUUACUGAGUCUAGCAUCAGUAGCAACAAUACUGCUUCUAUUCAGAAGCUGUGUUACCUUUUAAUUAUUUUCUCGGGUGACUCUGUAUCUUCUGGGUUUAAGCAUGUUGUAAUUUUGUGUAUUUUUGUGAUAUAUUAGCUUGGAUAUGAACCUUUGAAACGACUGUACUUGUGCUAUUCCAACCAUUGCUUCAUAACGGAUUACAAA